UGGAUUGGUCUACAGAGAGCAGGACCUGGGAGAUGGCUGUGGUCUCUGGAAGACCAAACUUUCUACAAAGACAGAGUCAAGUACACACACUGGCAUCCUAAUGAACCAAAUAAUGCGGGGGGAAAAGAGUACUGUGUGUUAUAUAAUAAGUACGAUACUUUAUGGAGUGAUAACCAGUGUGAAACGUUGUUACCUUUUGUAUGUUAUGAAGGUAAGAGAUGUUAAUAAAAAGUAACUAUAUUUAAUUAUGUUACAGUAAUGAAAAUCAAAUCUAAAAUUACGUCUCUAAUUGUCUGAGUUGUUUUUCUUGAUUUGUGUUCUUUUUCACUUUUCUGUUAAAGUUCUUUUAUUGACAUAAGAAUCAGCAAAAAUGUAAUGAUGUCAUGAAUGAGCUGUUCAUUGUGUACAUUUUUAUUUUCAGAAAAAAACAGAAACACUAAUAAAUAUGUAUAUAUUAAUGUUACAAAGAGCUGGUACGAUGCUCAGACCUACUGCAGAGAGAAAUACACCGACCUGGUCAGUGUGAGGAACAAGACUGAGAAUAACGAGAUCAGGAGUGUGGUUAAUAUUUCAGACAGUACAGAGGUUUGGAUCGGUCUGUUUAAUGACGCCUUGAAGUGGUCAGAUCAGAGUAAGUCCUUAUUCAGUUACUGGAGAUCUGACAAACCCAGUAGAAGUUUGAUCUGUGCUGCAGUGUCUGAGUCUGAGCAACGUUACUGGACUGAUGUGAACUGCACAGAAAAACUCCCGUUCAUCUGCCAUGAGAAUAAACUGAUCCUGAUUAAGGAGAAUCUGACCUGGUGGGAAGCUCUGACAUACUGCAGGAACCAUCAUCAUGACCUGGUGUCAGUGCGCACCGAGGAGAUGCAGCUCUGGGUGAAGGAAGUGACUCAAAAAGCCUCCACUGAACACGUGUGGCUCGGCCUGCGUCACGACUGCGCCCAGCGUGUCUGGUUCUGGGUUGUUGGAUCAAUAAUCUGCUAUGAGGGCUGGGCACCAGGGAAUGGGACCUGGAAUGAAGACUGUAGUCAUGAGAAGAGAAGCGGAGCAGUGCAGUCUGGAGGAGAGCAGAAGUGGAUCGAGCUGCCUGAGAGCCAGAAGCUCAACUUCAUCUGCUCUACCUAUGAUGAUUUGUUUUAUUAAACAUGAAGACUGAAGACAAGUUGUGGUCCAUCAUCUGUGUCCAGCAUCAGCUGAUCUACAGCAAUGUCUCAUUUAUACUCUUCUACACAUUAUUAUUAUUAUUAUUAUUAUUAUUAUUAUUAUUAUUAUUAUUAUUAUUAUUAUUACUGACUGUUUUUAUUAAUAAUGGGAUUUCUGGGUAAUGUAGGUGAAAUCUAUUAACCCGAUGUUUAAACUACAGUGUGUUGGUUUGAAAAUAUAAUUGUUUUUUUUGUUGUUUUUUUCUGCUUUGUAAGAAUAAAGAACUACAUCAUAUUCAGCUCAUUUACACCUGUGCAGGAAGUUUAGAACACCAAGCCAUGUAAACAGUUAUGUUAAAUUCAUCAUUAUUCUUUUAAUUAUUUUAUUUAUUUGUUUGUUUGUUUGUUUGUUUAUUUAUUUAAUAUUGUUAUUUUAUUUUUUUUUGCAUUUCUCAAUUGUUUAUAUUUUAGACAUCUGAGUGUAUUAUCAGGAUGUCUGCAUAAUGACAUGUUGAUGGUUUCUAUACCUGGGAUUUCUGAGCACUUGUUUCUUUAAUGUGUAAGGAUAUGGAUCGUAAUGACUGCUGCCAGUUUCCUAUCAAAUAAAAGUACAUUUCAAGUUUGUG